AUGACCCAGAAGGCCAUCACGGCCAGCCAAACCACCACCCUCCUUUCCCUCGCGAGAACAUGCACAGCUCUGUGCCAACUCAAGCAGCUCCACGCCCACGUCCUCAAGCUCCACCUCCCCGGAAACCCAUCCGCCAUCGGACCUCUGCUCUCCGCCGCCGCGACUUCCGGCGACCCUUCUUUCUUCUCUUACGCCUGCUCCGUUUUCGAGCAUCUCCGUUGCCGCAGCACCUUCAUGUACAACACCAUGAUCAGAGGUCACGUGCAAUCCGGGUCCCCUGUUACGGCGGUGUCGUUGUACUCGGAUAUGUUGAGUUCUGGGGUCGAGGGCAAUAACUAUACUUACCCGCCACUGAUCAAAGCUUGCGUCUUUAUGGGUCCCGAUUCGAAAGCUAUUGGUUUGCUGGUCCAUGCACAUGUCGUUAAGCUCGGGUAUCGUGCCGACCCUUUUGUGGUUAGCGCGUUGAUCGAGUUUUAUUCGUCGGUAUGCGAUUUGGAGAGUGCGCGGAAGCUGUUUGAUGGAAGUACUGUGAGGGAUGUGGUCACAUGGACUGCACUGGUCGAUGGUUAUGGGAAAGCGGGGGACUUGGAGAAUGCGAGGCUCUUGUUCGACGAAAUGCCUGAGAGAAAUGUUAUAUCCUGGAGUGCCAUGAUGGCAGCUUACUCUCGAGUCAGCGACUUCAAGGAGGUUCUCUCUUUAUUCAGGCAGAUGCAAGAAGUGGGUUUUGAACCUAAUGAAUCUGUUCUCGUUAGUGUACUCACUGCUUGUGCACAUCUCGGUGCUGUUACUCAAGGGUUAUGGGUGCAUUCAUACGCUAAGCGGGUGAAUUUCAUUUCGAACCGCAUAUUAGCUACGGCACUGGUCGAUAUGUACUCGAGAUGUGGUCUUGUGGAUUUGGCUUUGUCAGUUUUUCACAAUAUUUCUGAUAAGGACGCCGAAGCAUGGAACGCUAUGAUCGCCGGGGUCGCUCUGAAUGGAGACAUAGUGAAGUCUCUUGAGCUAUUUAAGAAAAUAAUUGCACAUGGGACUCAACCCACAGAGACCACGUUUGUUGCUCUUCUCACGGCAUGUACUCAUGCCAAGAUGACUAAAGAAGGCCUUAAGCUUUUCGAAGAGAUGGGUAACAUCCACGGCAUUAGGCCAAAGUCGGAGCAUUUCGCAUGCGUUGUCGACCUUUUGGCCAGGUCGGGUAUGGUGGAGGAAGCCGAAAAGUUCAUGGAGGAGAAGAUCGGAGGACUAGGAGGAGCGGAUGCUAAUGUGUGGGGAGCAUUGCUACACGCGUGUCGCAUUUAUGGGAAUGUAGAACUCGGGAAUAGGAUCUGGAAGAAGCUUACUGAUAUGGGCAUAACUGAUAGCGGGACUCGUGUACUCUCGUACAAUAUUUAUAAAGAAGCUGGUUGGGAGAAUCAGGCUAAUGACUUGAGGAAGUUGAUCUCGGACGCCCGAAUGAAAAAGCUACCCGGUUGCAGCGUGAUCGAAGUGAAUGGCAUCGUUAAAGAGUUCCGCGCCAGUGAUUUUUGUCAUCCACAGGCACUGGAGAUGUGUAAAGUACUUGAUUCUUUUUCUAGCAUGGUAAACUUGGACGAGUUGUACAUUAAUUGA